CCGCACUGAGCAUCGGGUCUGUCUUCUUUGUCAUGCUAAACGCCGGACAGAGAGAAAGAGAGAGAGAGAGCAUCAUUCUCCUCCUGAGACUUCUUCUUCAAUGGGACUUUAAAUAAAGGGUGCACUGUUUGUCUGGGUAAAGCUUUUUUCCACUUCAACCACCCAGAAGAGUUGAAUCGCAUGAGGAACAUGCUGCCAGAAAAGACUGCAGGUCCUGCGCUGUCCCUCAAUACGGACACAACAAAGUUCCAUUCCAAUGGUGGCUCAUUGGUUGGAUCCAGCCUACGCGGCACACGCUCCAAGGCAGAGCUUCAGGAAUUGAUGGAGAGCCUGCAGCGGAGGAAAUCUGCUCUGGAGGCCAGCUUAAAGGCUACUGCUGACCGCGGGUACCUCACAUUAUCUCCACCUCCCAGCCCACAGUCAGCUUCUUCCUAUCUACAGGACCGUCCACCACUUUCAAUACGAGUCCCUUCCCCUUACACUCCCUCCAGCAGUUUAAGCAUGCCGCCAUCUCCUCACCAAUCAGAGCGCCCUAUAAGUCCAGUCCCAAACCAAACCCGUACCAGACACCAAUCGCAGGAUAGCUUGUUGCUUUGCCACUCUUCAGAAGGGCGACACCCCAACACUUCAAACUCACUCCUAACUAUGUGGAAUGGUUCUUCAUCCUCCUACGGGACUGAUGCUCUUCUUUCAUCUCGUAGAGGUCCAAGUGGGGCAGCCAGCAUGCCCUCCAGCCCUCGUUUGGGACGCCGGUUGUUAGCACGGGAUGGCGAGUCCACAAUUGAACCAUCGCUCCGCCAAAGGAAAUACUCCACCGGCUCUCUGAAUGGCCUGGGUGGACAUAGCCGCUCUCUGCCCCGGUUAUAUCGAGGAGACGCCCCAAUGCUUUCUUUGCCACCUCGACGUACCACCAAACCACGGCGCAGCUUUCCGUCCAUGGAGAAGCCUCCAGAUGUGACUGUGAUUGCCAAUGUGAACAGCACCUCGCGCAGGGCCAGCCUCUGCUCCGUGGGAUCUGCUCCAUGUUUGGAUCUGGGCGUUGGAGAAAGGCGACUGUCGUUUGGGAAAGGAGGCCUGGGGCCCGGCAUGGGGCCAAGGAGGGGCAGCAUCAGCUCUCUCAGUGGAAAAGAGGAGCUCAGAGAUUACCAUCAGAGACAAAGAGAUGAGCGACUACGAGAACAGGAAGUGGAGCGACUGGAGCGUCAGCGUCUGGAGACCAUCCUGUGCCUGUGCUCGGAGCUGGGACGCACUGAAGUGAGUCGCAUGGAGAGCGAGCCGAACACCUCUGCUGUCUCAGACCUGCAGAAGAUCAACCGAGAGCUGGAGAAGCUGCAGGUGUCGGAUGACGAGUCUGUAUUCUCGGAGUCUGCUGCUGUGUCUGUGGAUGGAGGAGGGUUUCUGGGUAAGAGUCGAGGGGAGAUGCUGAACCAGAGACAGCGCAGAGUCAGCGGACACAGAGAGAGCAGGCCUCAGUCCCCCAGCAGCAGCAUGAGGAGCUCAGCACCCUCACCAUCACCACAUCUCCGCUGCAAGGUGUCUGAAGACAUGCAGCUGAGGCAGGAAGUGACACGCAUAGAAGAGGAGAGGAUUCAGGUGCUCAACAACAUUGAAGAACUUGAACAGAAGAUCAGAGAUCUGGACACACAGAUGGACGAGUCUAUCAGAGAGAUGGAGGUGGAGAGAGCACUUCUAGAUGGCGAGCAGGAGGCAGAAGUGACUCAACUACAGAGCGAUAAAGAAAUGCUGGAGCAGCUCAACGAAAAAAUGGGCAACAUGGAGAAGAACUCUCAAAGGAAUCAAACUCAGGACAAAGCCCUGUUGGAGGCUGAGAGAGAUAAAGUAGAGAGGCUAGCUGAGCUGAUCUCAGAACAGAAGACCCAGCUGGACUCCUGUCCUGAAGCACUGAAGGAGCAGCUCCAGAAUCAGCUGUCCAGGGACACUGAAGCUUUGGAAGUGGAGAAGAAGCGUUUUGAAGACCUGGAGUUUCAACAGCUGGAGAAGGAGAGCUGUCAAGAUGAAGAGACGGAGACGCAGAUGCAGCAGCUCCUUAGAGAGAUUGCAGAAUAUCAGAGAUCAGUCGUCACUCGCAAGGAGAGGCUACUUACCCUGAAAAAGCAGUCGACUCAGAUUACCCAGCAGGCACAGCGGGAGAAGGAGAACUUCUUAAAGGAGAAGAGCAACCUCAUUUAUAUGCUGCAAAGAGAACGAGAGAACCUUUCGUCUCUGGAAAGGAAGUACGCUGAGCUGACAGGUGGACAGGCAUUUCCUCUUAACCCAGUGUCCAUGAAGGAGCACUUUCGCACACUGGAAGAGAGGAGGCGGAGCAACGGCAUUAAAGAGGGGGGAGUUCUGCUGAGUGACAGCGGAAUGUCCCGUAAAAGAGAAAGGCAGAGCUCUGGAACCCUAAACUCCGCUCUUAAUCGCAGUCUGUCUCCCAAGGUCAGACAACAGAUACGCCACAUAGGAAAACCCCAUAUGCCACUGUCUCAGAGCUCUAGCUGUGGCAGCGUUAUUCCGCGCACACUGUCAGUCAACUCUCGAGACCUGGACACCCGACGCCUGCUUAAGGCAGGUCAGCUGUAUCUGAAUGACGAGAGGCAGAGAAUGAGCGAAAUGUCCAACAGGGCAGUUUCUGAGACAAACGUCUUCCUGGAGCCGUUUCACUACCUGGAUAAUGGACACAACUAUGACACAAUGAGUGUGGACAGUACAGAGAGCCUGGAAACCAGCAUUUCCGCAUGUUCACCGGACAACAUCUCCAGCGCCAGCACAGCUAAUAUGGCGAAGAUAGAGGAGAUGGAGCGCAUGCUGAGAGAAGCUCAAGCUGAGAAGCACAGGCUGCUGGAGCACAGGGAGCGAGAGAUGGAGCUGCGCAGACAGGCUCUGGAGGACGAGAGAAGAAGAAGAGAAGAACUGGAGAGGAGGCUGCAGGAGGAGACCAGCAGAAGACAGAAACUAGUGGAGAGAGAGUCUCGUCCGCUGACUCGGUAUCUGCCGGUGAGGAAGGAUGAAUUUGACCUGCGAGGACACAUCGAGGCAGCCGGUCACCAUCCAGAGACCUGCUUUCAUCUGGCUAUCACUGAGAAGACCUGCAGGGGCUUCCUGGUCAAGAUGGGGGGCAAAAUCAAAACCUGGAAAAAGCGCUGGUUCGUCUUUGACCGCAACCGUCGGACACUGGCAUAUUAUGCUGAUAAACAUGAGACCAAAAUGAAGGGUGUUAUUUAUUUCCAAGCCAUUGAAGAAGUGUAUUACGACCACUUGAAGAACGCACACAAGAGCCCGAACACCUCGCUGACGUUCAGUGUGAAGACACAUGACCGUGUUUAUUACAUGGUGGCUCCUUCCCCAGAGGCCAUGAGGAUCUGGAUGGACGUUAUCGUCACUGGAGCCGAGGGAUAUACACACUUCCUACUGUGAGCCGGACUCAUCUUUGUUUAACAAACAUUUAACAAACCCAAAGUGACCUUCACAGUUCAGCUCAGCCUGCUGAAAGGAUCUCAUUUUUCACGUCAGCCUUUCUGGAGAGAGGUUACACUUUUAUGAUCCUCUUUCUAUCAGGAUAGAGCGUCGACUGAACGUUUUUCCAGUCAUCUGUGACCUAGUUUGGAAAAACUGGUGCUUUACCCACUGCGUCCUGUCCUGAGUUUACAGCUUUCAGACUACAAAGGUACCCACUCUUGAAUUGUUUGCCCCCGUAUUGUUCACUUCCGGGGUUAGAAGCAAUGUAAAUGAGAGAUCACUCACUGCUCUUUGCAUUUCUCAAACGUGCCAAUGAAGUUUUGACCUGGAUAUACCUCAAAAGAAAAGACUGGUUGUGCUUGUUAAAACUAGACACCAAAGACAGCAGUGUUGCUGGUGUGCCAUACAUACUGCAACCAUCAGGGUAUUUCUCAGCUUUGUUUAUGUAUCCAACAGUGCUGAACAUUUGUCCUAUUAUUGACCUUGUUUUUCUGUACAAUUUAUAUCAUUCCCACUUUCACCAAGUGCCUUGCAUUUGUCAAUAUAGGAUGAGAAUAUUUAGCUAUAUUAUUGUAGUAUGAUAUAAAUAGACUGUGGUUUUUAGAGCACAAAAGUCAGGUCCGUGAAGCAAAAAAACUUCCAUUGAACUUAUUUUUGAAUGAACUUAUCCCUUUAAAAGCAAAAUUCAUGAAAAAAAAUCAUGAAAAACAUUUCCCAUUAUGAAUUUUCACAGCAAAGCAACCCAAAAGUGAUCUUUAACUCCUAAGACUUAUAAGUAAGUUAUAAUAAAUUCUUAUGGGAAACAUGAAUGGAAAAAAAUCCUGAAUCUGCGCUGCUGUAAAAGCGUGCAGCACUAAUGCACUCUAUUAACGUUAUUUUCUAUUGACCAGCUGUGCCUCCACGAUGCUCAGGAACAUUCCAGAAGGAAGACUUUAGCACCAAAGACAAGCUGAAUAUGUUUUUCAGCAUGAUAUGAAUGUAAUGAUGUACACCUGUCAAAUAAUAGGACAUCCACGGAGGUUUAUGAGCCUUUUAAAUAAGCUUAUGAUAAUGAUAUUUUAUUAGAUUUCUCAUGUUGUUUUAUGUAGUACCACAAUCGGCCAGAAGAGGGUUUUGCUUAUUGAAUUUAGAUUUUAUUCACAGCGAGAGUCUCAUUUGACCUUUUAGUUUUGUCCACAUGCAUGUCUGAAUUUAUGAUUGUGUAUCUGAUAUAUAUUUUAAAAGUGUAGGAAUCAGUAUCUGAAAAUACAGAAAUUAUAUGAAUAUUAGUGUAGAUAAUAAAUGCAAGGGUUGUUGUAAAAGAAAACAAUGAAGGCACAUUUGCUUUCUGACAGCAGAACAGGAAAACAGAACAGGACUUUUGUAAAGUUGGAUUAGUCCAUUUAUUCCACCAUCAAAAUAUUGUGCAAUUUUAAAAGCCCGUCCACAUCACAAUCUGUAACUGCACACUGUAAAAUCAAUAAUUAAUUUUAAGCUGAAUCAAAUUAUGAGUCAUUUGAACUCAUAUUAUUUAAAACUGACUUAAAUAUUAAGUUGGAACAUGAUUAACUUAGUUUAAUAAGUUACACUUAACUAAAAACAUAGGUUGUCAUGACUAAUUGAUCAUAUCAUAUUUUGGGUCACACUUUAUUUUGAUGGUCCAUUUGUUAAAUAUAAAUUACAUUGCAUCUACAUGCCAAUUCUCAUUAGAUUAUCGGUAGACUGUUAGGUUGAGGUUAGGGUAAGUUAACAUGUACUUGCAAAGUUUAUAUAUAUUUAUAUAACUGACUAUAUUACUUAUAGUCAGUUAAAUGUCUGUUGAAGGAGCAUUAUCAACAGAUAUUAAGCAGGCUGUCUACUAAUACUCAAAUGGACCAUCAAAAUAAAGUGUUUCCAUUUUUUACAGUGAAGGAAUAACUUAUAACAACAGUUUUGUGGUCUUGUCACUUUAAAUGCUUGAUCUCUUUAAAGAAGGAUGGAUUCUGAUUGAUUUUUAUAUAUAUAAUUGUGAUGUGGACUUUAUUAUUCUUUUUUUCUAAUGAAUUCUUUAUAGUUUAUUCUUAUAGUAUAAUUCCUGAUGUAAAUAAUCUUUAAAUUGCAUUCAUAUGCAUUAGUUUUUCCACAUCCUGUCAUAGUUUAAAAUCUUUGAAGACCAAAUUGUCCUUCAUACAGGGUGUCUGCAGGGUUUUAAAAGUCUUAAAAUGUCUUAAUUCUCAAAAACUAAAUUUAAGGCGUUAAAACGUUUUAAAUCUACUGAAAUAUUGAUGUGUAGGUCUUAAAUCUUUUUAACAGGUCUUAAUUUUCCCUUGUUCAUGUAAAGCUACUCAAUCUGUCCAUACAAUCGCCAACAAUCCAUCUCAGUCAAACUUUUUAUUUUUAAAUUUUUUAAAAUGUUUUAACUCUAUUUACAAUAAUAAUAGUUUUAUUAAUAUCCUUACAAUAACAUUUGUUAAAAGGUCUCCAAGUAUUUACUGCUGAGGAUACUGACCUGGGGUGCGUUUCCCAAACAACAACGUAACUUGCAGCUGAACUUUCAUAGUACGAUGCAUCGUUUGGGAAAUAAGCAAUGUAGUGACGAGUGUUUCCCAAACCUGUUGUUUCUCUGUCGCAGAUCCAUCAUUUGAACCACGUUAGUUAUAAUGUAAAACGCCUAUAAUGACGCUCUAGACCGGGUGGAGUAACAUUUUUUUUAGAGAAGAACCCCAUCAUAUCUUUGAGCAAAUUAUAUUGCUUUACACGCACACACACUUAAAAUAAUCCAAUAUUAGUUUUGAUAAAAACAUGCACUCGCUUACCAUAUUAUUUGAAAUAUAUGUAAAUGGCACACACCCUGUACAAAGCCUAUGUUUCCUUUACAAAUAUUAUUGAGAACAUUACAUACUCUAUUCUAAAACAUAAAAUCACUUACGAAAGCUAACACAUAUUCUAAUCUCAUAAAUAAAUCAUAUAACUAAAUAAUUAAAUAAUGAGGCUAUUUAUUGAGAAAUUAAAUUUAAUAUUUAUUAUUUAAUAGGAAAUGAAAAAAAAUCUUACUUUAAUAAUAAUAUUAAUGAUCAUGAUGAUCACUAUUAUUAUUAUUAUUAGUAAGUAGGAUAUUGUUUUUUUCUUUUUUCUUUUUUGAAACGUCU